AUGCCUGGUAGGGAAGUUGCACGGAAUUUCAUGCUAUCAGAGGGCCAUUUCAGUCGUAUAUUUGCAACAUGGAUCAAUUUUCUUGUCCAUAAGCUCAAAGCAAUAACAACCUUUCCAACAGUGGAGAAUAUAAAGCCGUAUUUGCCCAAGUCCUUUCAAGGUUUUGAGAACACUCGGCUGGUACUGGAUGCCACUGAAAUUCGUAUUCAGAAACCGUCCUCCCUGAAUGUGAAGAGACGAACGUUUUCAACAUAUAAGCAUUACAAUACCUACAAAGCUGUAAUUGGUUGCACACCCGAUGGGUAUAUUGCCUUCGUGUCAAAGCUGUGGGGUGGAUCUGUUUCUGAUAGUCUUGUGGUGGAGGAGAGCGGCAUCUUGGACCAACUCCAACCAGGUGAUGGGAUCAUGGUAGAUAAAGGAUUCGUGUUCCCUGCAAUGCCACCACGCAUUACAUUGUACAGACCGCCAUAUCGUCAGAGUCACGAACCCCAGAUGAGUUGUGCUGACGUUAUAGAAACAAGACGUGUGGCGUGUGCCAGGGUGCAUGUUGAGAGGGCCAUUCGCAGAGUAAAGGCUUUCCAUAUCCUUGAUAGGCCAUUCCCAAUAUCUAUGAUUGAUAUUGCAGAGCAAGUAUUUCAUGUAUGCUGUUUCCUUAGCAAUUUUCGCCUGCCGCUUAUAGCUGAUCACUAA